UGCCGUAAGAAAAGUCGCAAUUAAUCCGCCUGAGGGUUGGAUUUAGGAGAGAGUAUACAAGUCCGACAACGUCUUGGUCGACGAGACUAAGAUGACUGGAAAAUUGUCGGCCAGGAGGGAGGGAAGAAACAGCAACAGUGAAGAUUCUUUACGGGAAGCUGGCAAGGUUAUGAAAGAAAGCUCAGUUUUCGGACAAUACUCGGAUGCAGAAUUGGUAGCUCAGCUGAAAGGACUGGCUCUGGAUCCUUGUAAUUCAGAAUAUUCACAGAGCAAAAUUCGACCCUUGUGGAAUCAGACUAUUAGAGUGCGCAAGGCUAUGGCUAUGGCUGAUAUGGAAUUUCCUCGGAGAAAGCGGAAACUGCAGCAGUUGUUAAAAGCUCUUCCUGGUUAUGGUUCAGAGUUAUCUAACCAACAAUGUUGGACAAAACUGAGCAGAGGGCAGGUCUCGCAUGCAUCUUCCGCUUCAUGCUUCUUGAGUUCAGUUGAAUCUGCUGAAAGUUUUGACCCAAAAGUUCUCUUGGAGUCAAAUAGUUCAAACAGUUUAUUGACCUUUGAGGAUGAUUUUCUGGAGAAGCAGAUAUAUUCAGAAUCUUCCUUAAUGUGUGAACCUAUAAACUGCAGUCCCUUUUGGAAGGAUGUGUUUUCUUUAGUCGAUUCUGAUGAAUCAGUGAAUUGUUCAAACCCAGCAAGUCCUGGGAACCUGACAUUCCUUGAAGUUCCUCCUCUGAAUAUGGAUGACAUUGGUCAGCGCUCAAAAUUAGGCGCUUUUGAUGAUCGCAAUCAAAAACAUCUUCAGCCAACUCGGCGAUCAAUUAGGUUGUUGAACUUCAUUGGCGACAAUCUUCAAAAAAUGGUUGUCCCUGUUGGGCCUCGAUUCCAGGCUGAGGUUCCAAAUUGGACUGGCCCUUGCUGUGAUGAAGAUUGUGAUUCUGAUAGCUCAAGGUGGUUGGGUACCCGAAUUUGGCCAAUUGAAGGCAGAGAAAUGAAAAUCACUACUCGAGUUGCUGGUAAAGGGAGACCUGAAUCUUGCUCUUGUUUGUCCCCUGCUUCGGUCGAGUGUGUUCGACGCCAUAUUCUCGAGGAAAGGCUACUCCUGCUAUGUGAUGCUGGUCCGGCAUUUUUCAGCUGGAAGCUUGACGAGGCCGGGGAAGCAGUUUCAAAAUCAUGGACAUCAGAGGAACAGCGUGAUUUUGAAUUACUUGCUAAAACAAAAUUAAACUCAACUGGAAAGGACUUCUUGAAGCAUGCUUUGAAGUGCUUUCCCUCGAAAUCACGAAGAGCAAUUAUUAGUUAUUAUUUGAACGUUUUCAUUCCUCGACGGAUGAGCCUGCAGACGCGGUCGACUUUCAGCCAAGUCGACACUGAUGAGGAUGAGGUGGAAGACUCUAAUUACCUGGGAUUUCAGCGAAAAUCUGAAGGCAACGCUCCUAUCGGCGGUUGCAAAAACGUGAAAGCUCGAUUCCUGCGUCACCCUUCGUAGCCACUCCACUUUUAGCCUUCUGAAGUUACUAAAGAGUGGACGUAUGUAUAUUCAUGGAGCAGUUGGCUGCGCAACAACCUGAUGUUGCAACCCAACUUUUUGGGCUCCCUUUAUAUCCAGGCGAUCAGUAGAAUUUUCCAUGGGUUUGACAGAUAUCAGCACCUAAACUCCCCAAUUUAAUUUCCAUACAUAGGCCAACUUGACUAGUUGCUAGUUUUGGCAUAGAGUUGGCUUUUACAUGAGGAUCGAUUGUCACGAGUGCAGUAGUAGUUGAUCAUAUGAUUCUUCCGCAGGAACGUCCUGCAGUUGCAAAGUUGAAAAAAGACUUGAAAGUCCUACUAGAUUUGCUCCCAUUAUGUCCUUGAAUCAAAGAUGAGAUCAACUAAUUCCCUCGAC